AUGAUCAAAUAUCUAGUGCCUAUUUCGUUCAGUCUUGUUCUAUGGCCAAUCGACUGUCAAACAGUUCGAACAAAUAGAAUGAAAAAUAGUCAAGAAACUUGUUUUGGUUCUCAUGGCCGAACAAAUUCUACUCAUCAUUUACAGAUAUGUUAUUUUUAUGAUCUACGGAGUCCAUUGACUCUUAUUUGGUUUACUAUUGAAAAACGUCUAAGUGAUAUUUUCGAUGCCUAUCGAUUUAUUCUACGAACGACUGAUGGUGUCGUACAAUCGAAUGAAAUCAUUCAAAUAUUGACUAAUUUUACAGAACUUAUUGAUUAUAAUAACAGCUUACGUAUAUUUAAUCUUAACUCAGGUGUAUAUGAAGUCUGCAUUGAACUUUAUAUGAAUUCGACAAGAUUUAUUUAUCAACCACGUGAUGGUUGUGCGCCUAUACGUACAGGCAAGCUAUCGCCUGAACCGUUAAAAGCAAAUUCAAUGCCGUUACUUGUUGCAUUGGCCAGUGGCAUAGUCAUGUUUUUUAUUCUUGGCCUUGUCGUUCAAUGGGUACAAGCGAGAUAUCGUAGACAACAUCAGCACGAUGAUAAACCGCGCGCUCGAUCGUCCAGUGGUCUUUCGACAACAUCUUUAAAACAAAAGCGAGAUCGUCUUUUGAGUUUAUUUCAUCGUCGCAUUGAUAAACCAAAUGCAUCAUGGAUGCGACAAUGGGCACGUGCUGUUGCAUUUCGACAUCGUAUUUCAACACAACAAAAACUUUUUAAAAGAACAGAUUCAUCUCAAAACACGAACGAAUAUUUACGGACAACGAUAGACACAAUACGAGCUAGACCAGAGAAGCAUUCUCGCCAUCGAAGGUUAUCUUCCGAGGCAACAAUAUCGACAGAUCGUAUUUAUACAAUCUCUGAUAAAGUUCAUCAUCAUGUGUUACCAGGAAAUUUUUUAUUUAACUUAUCGGUAACAGAAGAAAACGAAAUAACAUCAUCAAAAUGA